ACCCUAGAUUGCCGCAAAUCCGUAUACGAACUUUGAACGCCGGAGGAAAGCAAAGAGAAGCCACACGCCCACACCAUGUCUUCGAAGAGAAAGGUUAGAGAGCCAAAGGAAGAAAAUGUUACCCUUGGACCUGCUACCCGUGAAGGAGAGCUGGUAUUUGGUGUGGCACAUAUCUUUGCAUCAUUCAACGAUACUUUCAUUCAUGUCACUGAUAUUUCUGGAAGAGAAACCAUGGUUCGAAUUACUGGUGGGAUGAAAGUGAAGGCUGAUAGGGAUGAAUCAUCUCCCUAUGCAGCUAUGCUUGCUGCACAAGAUGUUUCUCAGCGAUGCAAGGAACUUGGCAUCAAUGCUCUUCACAUAAAGUUGCGUGCAACCGGAGGGAAUAAGACCAAGACACCUGGUCCAGGUGCCCAGUCUGCCCUCAGAGCUCUUGCUCGUUCUGGAAUGAAAAUUGGUCGCAUAGAGGAUGUGACACCAAUUCCAACAGAUAGCACCCGUCGAAAGGGUGGUAGAAGGGGAAGGAGGCUGUGAUUCAUUUGCAUUUUGGAUUGUUACUGUUUUAUGAUGACUUUUGUAAGAGAGGUUAUUUGAUAGCCUGGAUAUGUUUCUCUGUAUUUUUGGUAUUAAUAUUUCGUGCUAAUUCGGCAACUUCGGUUUUUGAAAGAAAUAUUGAAGUUUCACCUAA